AUGUCUAUGCCUUUAGCUCUCGCUUCUCUUUGUUUGCUUCUUCUUUUCAAUGGCUGCCUGGCUUCUCGCCAGAAUAUAUUUGGCCAGAACAAAGAGUGGGGGCUCAACCAGCUCGAGGCCCGCGAACCCGACAACCACAUUCAGUCUGAGGCCGGUGUGACCGAGUCAUGGAACCCCAGAGACCCGCAGUUCCAAUGGGCCGGUGUCGCAGCCGUUCGACGCACCAUCGAGCCCAACGGCCUUCACCUUCCCUCUUACGUCAAUGCUCCGCAACUCAUCUACAUCGUCAGAGGUAGGGGUGUGUUAGGAGCUGUGUUUCCUGGGUGUGCCGAGACUUUUGAGGACUCUCAGCCGCAGCAAUUCCAGCAGCAGCAGCAGCAGCAACAGUUCCAGCCCUCUCGCCAAGAAGGAGGACAGGGACAACAGCAGUUCCAGGGCGAGGACCAGCAAGACCGCCACCAGAAGAUCCGACACAUCAGAGAGGGUGACAUCAUCGCUUUGCCAGCCGGUGUCGCUUACUGGAGCUACAACAACGGCGAACAGCCUCUCGUGGCUGUUUCUUUCCUUGACCUCAGCAACGACCAAAACCAGCUCGACCAAGUGCCCAGGAGAUUUUACCUAGCUGGCAACCCACAAGACGAGUUCAACCCGCAACAACAAGGACGACAGCAGCAGCAGCAACAGCAAGGCCAGCAAGGCAACGGCAACAACAUCUUCUCCGGCUUCGACACUCAGCUCCUCGCACAGGCCCUCAACGUCAACCCAGAGACCGCGAGGAACCUCCAGAGCCAGAACGACAACAGGAACGAGAUUGUCAAAGUGCAGGGCCAGCUCGACUUCGUCAGCCCCUUCAGCAGGUCUGCCGGCGGCCGAGGCGACCAAGAGCGCCAGCAGGAAGAGCAACAGAGUCAGCGUGAAACGGAAGAGAAACAGAGGGAGCAAGAGCAGCAGGGAGGAGGCGGCCAGGACAAUGGCGUUGAGGAGACUUUCUGCAGCGCCAGGCUCAGUCAGAACAUCGGUGACCCUUCACGCGCCGACUUCUACAACCCUCAGGCCGGCCGCAUCAGCGUCGUGAACAGAAACCAUCUCCCCAUCCUCCGCUACCUACGCCUCAGCGCCGAGAAAGGUGUCCUCUACAACAACGCUAUCCACACUCCACACUGGCACCUGAACGCCAACGCGCUGGUGUACGCGAUCAGAGGCAACGCUAGGGUUCAGGUGGUGAACGAGAACGGUGAUUCCAUCUUGGACGACGAGGUGAGAGAGGGACAGAUGUUUUUGGUCCCCCAGAACCACGCCGUCAUCGCGCAGGCAAGCAACGAAGGGUUCGAGUACAUUUCGUUCAAGACGGACGACAAUUCCUUUACCAACACCCUAGCAGGGCGAACCUCGGUGCUGAGGGCCCUGCCAGAUGAGGUGCUGCAAAACGCCUUCCGGAUUUCGAGGCAGGACGCAAGGAACCUCAAGUACAACAGGCAGGAGAGCAGACUUUUGAGCGCCACUUCUCCUCCUCGCGGGAGGCUUAUGUCCAUCCUUGGUUAUUAG